CGCCCAGAUGCGCCUACAAAUUUCCGCAUUUUUGGCAAAGAGGAGGGCUAACAGGCACAAACUUGUUCUGGCGUGGCAACAUAUGUCAAGGUUCCAAGGAUCAUGUCAAGGCUUCUUUUGAGAACCAAUCUGAGAGGAUGUAUCGCCUCUCAGAUUAGAAUGGCAUCUGAUCAGCUUGGUGAACUUGGCAAGGGAGCAGGAAAAGGCGGCGGCGGCGGGGGCUCUGUGAGGGAUGCAGGUGGAGCCUUUGGAAAGCGAGAAGUCGCGGAAGAGGAGCGAUACUUCAGGCAAAAGGAGAAGGAGCAAAUGGAAGCGCUGAGGAAGCACCACACAGAGGAGAUCGAGCACCACAGAAAGGAGAUUGAGCGCCUACAAAAGGAGAUUGACCGUCACAAGGGCAAAAUUAGAAAGCUUAAACACGAUGAUUGAGGCACUGUAUUCACUGUACAAUCGAUAAUAAUCACAUGCUGAUUGAUUAGAGCGAGUCUGUUAUCAGGCUUUUUUUUGAAUACAAAAACUUCCAAUAAAGUGCUUAAUAAUUCA